UUAAUCCCUGAGGCUGGUAUCGUGUUUAUAUCACAACACGCCGGAGUUGGCUUAACUAUUUUGAAUUAAAAAAUAGUCGGGUUUAUUGUGUGUUUAAUAAUAUGUGAGCAGCGGCUGGGUUCAGCGGUGUUGUUUUAAACGUUGCGUUAAUUUCGGGUUGAUUUUGGAGUUUACUCAGCGAAAAAUUUCAAGAGAUUUCGGAGGGAAGCUUCGCUAACUCCACUUGUAAAAUUAGUCCGCAGUUAGAGAGACUGCCGUAGAUAUUUGUGAUCGACACUAGACUUGCACAGCCGGGAGUUCCGUGGAUCUGACGUCAUGGCGUUCGAGGAGAUGAAGAAAAAAGGCGAGGGCGCUGUGCUGGAGUGCGGGGGGAUCGAGGAGGUGGGGCUUGUGGCGGGGCGGAGUCAGCGUGAGAAGAAGCGCUCGUACAAGGACCUGCUGCGGGAGGAGGAGGAGAUCGCAGCGCAGGUCCGCAAGUCAUCCAAGAAGAGAGGCAAGGACAGUGAGUUCUAUCUUGGGGGCGGAGACUCUCACAAGAAGAAGAAGAAGCAACAUUCCCCUGACGAGUUUUACUGUGGAGACUUCUCUCCAUCCCACCCCUCCAAAAAGAAGAAGCCGAAGCCUGCGCCCCCCCUCCCUCCCCCCUCCCUGCGGGACACAGACACAGCCAUGGGUCUCCUCAAAGCUAUCACCUCCCCGCUAGCCACUGGUUCAAAACCAGCCAGCACGGGGGGAGUGGCCGGGGGCGGGGCCGGGGGAGGAGGUGGGAGGAGUCACUCUCAUAAACCCGCCUACCCCCCUUCUCACAAACACAGCCACCACCACAGCAGCAAACAUGGCAGCAAGGGACCCCCCAAGCUGAGCCAGCGACCCCCCAAAAAACCAAGCAAGCAGGGAGAGGUCCCGAUGAAAGCCGGAGCCGAGGGGCUGAAAGUGAAGCUGAUCCUCUCCCCCAAAGAGAAAGGGGAAGGGGAGAGGGGGGCGGGGCUGGGGUACCCGUCCCCUCACAGCGGGGGGAACCCCAAGAAGUCCCUGAAGAAGCUGAGCAGAGACGGGGGGGCAGCGGGGGGAGGAGGAGGAGGAGGAGGGGGGGUCGCCACGGUGCUGGUGAGCAAGACAGUGAAGAAGAAACACACCAAGGAACCCCUGCCAGCCGUGGGAGAGGAGAUAGAGGUGGAAGGCAGGUUUGAGCCCGGGUUCUAUGGGGACGUGUCUGGUCUGGGGGUGCUGAGUCAGGGGGUCCCCCUGGCGGAGUCGGGCUCCUCCUCGGGGGGCGAGCUGGAGGCCGGGGAGCUGGUGAUCGACGACUCGUACAGAGAGGUGCACAGCAGCAGCAGCGGCAACAAGAAGAAGAAGAAAUCGAAGAAGAGCAAGAAGAAGAAAGAGAGGGAGCGAGAGAAGGAGAGAGGAGAGAAGCACAAAGGAGAGAGGAAGCACAGCAAGAAGACCUCCGGCCUGGGCCACGCCCCCGGACACGCCCCUCCCACCGGCGCCAGUCUGCUCUCUCCCGGACACGCCCACUCCCUCGGCACGCCCAAUCACGGGGCAGCAGGGGGAGGGGUCUACCCCGGAGCCACGCCCACCUCUGGCUCAGGGGGCGGAGUCUAUCUGAUGGCCCCGCCCACUGCCUUCUCACACCAUGCUGGGGAAUCGCAGAGCGAGGCAAAGAAGAAGAAGAAAGUGAAGGAAGAGAAGGAUGAGAAAGAGAAGCCCAGGAAGAAGAACAUGACGGCUUACCAGGUGUUCUGUAAAGAGUAUCGAGUGAACAUCAACGCAGAGCAGCCCGGACUGGUGUUCGGAGAGCUGAGUCGGAAGUUGGCCGAUGUUUGGAAGCAGCUCCCAGAGAAAGACAAGCUGGUGUGGAAGCAGAAGGCUCAGUACCUGCAGCACAAACAGAACAAAGCCGAGGCGACCACUGUGAAGAGAAAGAGCGCCGGCUCCGAGGGGGGCGCCCCCAAAACUAAAGGCCCUUCCUCCCGCGUGGCCACGCCCCACAGGAAGUCCCCGUCGGGGGGCGUGUCUCUCUCUCUCUCGCCCGCCCGUCUGCCCGAGUCCGACCCCAUCGAUGUGGCGGCUCACCUGCAGCUCCUGGGAGAGUCUCUGAGUCUCAUCGGACACAGACUGCAAGAGACUGAGGGCAUGGUGGCCGUGUCGGGCAGUCUCUCAGUGUUGCUGGACUCGAUCCUGUGUGCUCUCGGGCCCCUCACCUGCCUCACCUCACACGUGCCGGAGAUCAACGGCUGCCCCAAACCAGUGCUGUCGAACACUCUGGACAACGUUGCGUACGUGAUGCCUGGUCUCUGACAGCAGGGGCUGAUGGGAUAGCUCCUGUCCUCCCAGCCUCUCUGUCUCUCUCUUUUUUUAAUAUCCUGCACAGAGAGACACGGAGAGACUCCUCCUCUUCUUACUCUGAAACUUCAAAGACAGGCUUGGAUUUUUACACAACGAUUUCAAACCCUUUCCUUUCAUUCAUUUUUAUUUUUUUGUUUGGGUUUUUUAAAUAAAAAUGUUUUUUUUAAAAUAAAUAAA